AACUAUAAGCGCUCGGGUAGGUUUACCUCCCCGGUGACGCCUCAGAGGGGGAAAGCGGCUAACUUGAUUGGCGGCAAUUUUGAUGUGCGGCUAACCUGGUGGGCGCCAUCCCAGCUCUGCACGUGGAACGAGAUGGUUCUGCUUAACGAAGAGGAUGCCAUUCGCUUUUUAAACAUCGCGUUGGGGGAGGCGGAAAAGAGCCUGCAGGCGGAACUGAAGGAAAUGCCCAUAUUCUGCCUGCUGAUAAACGAACAAAGGGAAAUCUUGAGCAGCUCGUAUAACCACACGAACGAAUCGAAGAAUGGAAGCAGGCACUGUGAGCUCAUAGCGAUAGAUAAGUAUCUCUAUGGAGAGGAUUACGAGGGGGUGAAAAAUAGGAACCUAAUCAAAUGCUUUAACAAUUGCGAAAAUGGAGUGGAGAGAUCUCUCGCCGGGUAUUUUUCCCAGAUGGAUAUGUGCAAAAAGGACAAAUUGGCUACCCCUUCUUCUGGGGUAGAAGGCGACAUGGUGGUAGGGGAACGACCCACGGGAACCAGUGCUGACCAGUUAAGUGAAGAGAGAAAAAAGGAAAUAAAGCAAAAGCUGGAAAGUCUCCGAAACUGCUGCAUCGUUGUCACGUGUGAGCCCUGCAUCAUGUGUGUUUAUGCGUUGAAGCUUAUGGGCAUAAAGGACAUUUACUUCUGCUGCCUGAACGAGCGCUUCGGAGGAUGCGGGUCGGUCCUGUCCUUGCACAAAACGUACCAGGACAUCAAUGUGAAUUAUAUCAAAACGGGGGGCUGCACCGAGAGGAGCAUUUCCCUGAUGCAAUCCUUUUACAAAGCUGGAAACCCCUCAGCGCCGGAAGAGAAAAGAAAAAGAGCGAUCAUGUGA